UAACUAAAAUAAAUAUUCAUUCCAUCACAAAUAUGACUGUUUCUUUAAGGUUUCUAAGCAACACCUCCUGUGGUUGCCCAUGAUGUACGAGGACUUCGACACGCCGAUUACGUGUCGCGAGCGUCGUCGUCGUAGGAUUGAGAUGCGGAGGCGGCUGACUUCGGUUUCCACAGUUGCUAGAUUGAAGCACCAAGGUGUUAUGAAGUUAUCGGUUACGGAUACGAUGAAUGAGAAUUUUGAGGGUGUGACACCGGAUUACGGUUCGAUGUCGGUCGUUGGUAGGGCGAGAGAAAUGGAGGAUGAGAUAUCGGUUAAGAUGAAUUUAUGUCGGCCGGAGAUAAAUGGUUAUCGGACGGUGCAUUACUUUGGAGUGUUUGACGGUCACGGUGGGCAUCAGGUGUCUACAUUAUGCAAGGAGAACAUGCACAUCAUCAUGGAAGAGGAGUUGAUGCGCGUGAAACCCACGACGGUGAAUCUCAACAGCACUGAAUUAGACGAGGCGUGGAGGACGACGAUUAACCGGGCGUUCGAGAGAAUGGAUGAGAUGGCGUUGAACUUAUGCCAAUGUGACGGGCUUGAAAACUAUAAGGUGUGUAAAUACCACCCGCAAUUGUCUUUGGUAGGAUCGACGGCAGUGGUGGUGUUGUUGACUCAGGAAUACAUAAUCGUCGGAAACUGCGGUGACUCACGUGCCAUCCUGUGUCGAAAUGGCAACGCCGUACCACUCUCCAUUGACCAAAAGCCUGAACGGGAAGAUGAACGGAAAAGAAUCGAAGCUCUCGGAGGUCGGAUUAUGUUCGCUGGAAAUGUAGCACGAGUUGAAGGUGUUCUAGCCAUGACUCGAGCUAUAGGGGACCGGUUUUUGAAACCGUUGGUGAUAUCGGAACCCGAGUACAUGGUCAUGAAACGGGAAGCGCAGGAUGUGAGCUUGAUAUUAGCUAGUGAUGGAUUGUGGGACGUUUUGUCUAGCGAAUUGGGUUGCGAGGUGGCUGAAAUGGUGGUUCGUGGUGGUGGAGCGUCGUACACUGCGGCAGCGUUACUAGUGCGACUUGCUAUGGGACGAAGGAGCACUGAUAACAUAAGUGUGAUAGUUGUUGAUUUGAGAGGGUGAAUUAAGUAAGGUAGAUUUGAUUUUGUAUUCGUAUGUUUGUUUUAAAGUAAGACUAGGUUUACUGAUUAAAUCAAAUUAUGAAACCAUUAA